AUGGAGCAAGAAUCGAAAUCAACUUUGUCCUUGCCUCUCGAUCUUACCUCAGAGAUACUCUUACGGCUGCCUGCGAGAUCUGUUGUGAAGUUUCGUUGCGUGUCGAAGCUUUGGUCAUCAGUCACAACCGAUCCAUGUUUCAUCAAAUUGUUCCAAACUCGGUCCUCAACAAGGCCGAGUCUUCUACUCUGCUUCAAAAGAGGUGACAAUUUAAUUGUUUCCUCGUUUCCGCAACAUACUGAUCGUUAUCACAUGAAAAUCCCAGGAAAUUAUAGUUACCUUCCUCGUAUGGAAUCUGUCCACGGCUUGAUCUGCUUUGAAGACUCACGCAAUCCCCUAGUUUGGAACCCUAGCAUGAGAAAGCUCUUAACUUUAACCAAUCCCAAUAAGCAUAAGAGCUGGAAACAUAAAACACUCUUUCUAGGAUACGAUCCCAUCGAAGGUAAAUACAAAGUUGUGUGCAUUCGCUAUAAGAAAGUCUCGUACGUAUGCCGAGUUUUAACAUUAGGAUCAGCUCAAGAAUCAUCAUGGAGAACGGUCAAGACAAAUCAUAAGCACCGCGCUUACCAUUAUACUUAUGGGCGAUGCAUCGAUGGGGUCAUAUAUUACCUAGCCGGUAUUGAUGGAAGUCCUUAUUCAGCUUUAAUGAGCUUUGAUGUCAGAUCUGAGAAGUUCCAUAUGAUUAAAAUACCAUCGAAUAUUGAUACAGAUGUGCUGAUAAAUUAUAAGGGGAGGAUAGCUUGUGUUGAUAGGUCUAAAGAUACAAGAUUGUGGAUUUUGGAGGAUGCAGAGAAACACAAGUGGUCUAGUCAAGACUUUCUUGUACCUUUACGUCACCGGGAUGAGAGUUUGAAUGCCAUUUUCAAACUAAAAGGUUUCACGCAUGCUGGUGAGUUUAUUUUUGAAGAAGCCAGCUUUUUUGCAAAAUCGUCAUAUAUUUUAUCUUGUGAUCCGGUGAGAAACAGCUUUAGAAGGUUCGAGUUUAAAGGAGUUAGAGUUGAAAACAAUGAUAAGCUCCGUGCUUUCCCGAAUCACAUUGAGACUCUAUGGUCUUUGUAG